UGGGACCAGGGCUUCAGGAGGACACCAUGACCGGGAGGCUGUGGUGCAAGGCCAUUUUUGCUGGCUACAAACGUGGCCUCCGAAACCAGCGGGAGCACACUGCCCUUCUGAAAAUUGAAGGUGUUUAUGCACGUCAGGAGACAGACUUCUACUUGGGCAAGAGGUGUGCUUAUGUAUACAAAGCAAAAAACAACACUGUAACCCCUGGUGGCAAGCCCAACAGGACACGAGUCAUCUGGGGGAAGGUAACCCGCGCCCAUGGGAACAGUGGCAUGGUUCGUGCCAAGUUCCGUUCCAACCUUCCUGCCAAGGCCAUUGGACACAGAAUCCGGGUGAUGCUGUAUCCAUCUAGGAUUUAAAUUUUUAUUGGAAAUAAAAUGGAGAAUCUGUU